CCUCCAAAUACGUCCCUCAUCCAACUCCGCCAUACUAAUUGUUCUCAGAUCUUUGCCAGUGGUUCAACAGUUCCACCUUCAUCAUGGGAGCAAACCAAUCUACCCCCCCACGCCCCGUUGCCCAGGAGAAGCUGCUUAUCGAGCGUCUAAAAGCUCUGGAUGUCAAGGACGAUGCUUCCACUUCCACCUCCAUCUCUGAGAAAGAAGCCCUCAAGAACACCAACUUCAGAGCCCCGUGGACCUCUCUCUCAGUUCCAGAUGUUGGGAACUGGGAACGUCAACUCUUGCAGGACCCUAAGAACCGGCUCGCACUCUCGGCCCUCUCCUCCGCAGACCCAAAGACUGUCCUCACCUCCCGUUCCACCGUCAUCUCCGACCAGCAUGUCUUCAAUGUCAAGAUUCCCUUCGAGGGGGCACCGAUCACCAAUCAGAGACAGAGCGGACGAUGCUGGCUCUUCGCUUCUACGAAUGUGUUUCGGGUUGCGCUGAUGAAGAGAUAUAACCUCGAUUCCUUCGAGCUCUCACAGGCCUAUCUGUUUUUCUACGACAAGCUUGAGAAGGCCAACUUCUUCUUGGAACAGAUCCUCGAUACCGCGGGAGAACCGUUGGAUGAACGCCUUGUCCAGACCCUACUCUCCGCACCCGUUAACGAUGGUGGACAGUGGGAUAUGGUUUACAAUUUAGUGAACAAGUACGGAUUGGUGCCGCAAGUUCUCUAUACCGACUCCUACAACGCCCAAUCCUCGUCCUCCAUCAACAGCCUCAUUACUACUAAACUGCGCGAAGAUGCGCUUCAACUGCGCGCCCUCGUUGCUGACGCAACGAAGAGUGUGAGGGAUAUCAUAGAGGUUAAGGAGAAAAUGAUACGCGAGAUCCACCUCAUCCUCACCUUGACCCUCGGUCCUCCUCCAUCCCCGACCACAGAAUUCACCUGGUCUUUCCUUGACAAAAACGGCGUCGCGCAGGAGCUGAAGACGACGCCUAUCGCUUUCGCGAAGGAAUUAGAUACCCCGAAAUCAGUCCGUAUCACGGGGAGCAGCGUGCACAGCAUGUUCUCCCUCGUAAAUGACCCCAGAAAUGAGUACAACACACUCCUCACCGUCUCCCGACUUGGGAACGUCGUCGGCGGCCGUGGCAUCACCUACGUGAAUGUCCCCAUGUCGGUCCUGAAAACCGCCUGUGUGGAUAUGCUCAAAGCUGGCCUACCGAUCUUCUUUGGGAGUGACGUGGGGAAGUACAGCAAUCGGUCGGGGAUCAUGGACACGGACCUUAUCGACUACGAGCUCGGCUUCAAUGUGCGCCUAGGGAUGUCUAAGGCUCAGAGAUUGAUGGUGGGGGAGAGCGCCAUGACUCACGCGAUGGUUCUCACGGGUGUUCACAUCGAGGACGGCAAGAGCGUGCGGUGGAGGGUGCAGAACUCCUGGGGCGAGUCAGCGGGCGAGAAGGGCUGGUUCGUGAUGAGUGACAAAUGGAUGGACGAGUUCUGCUAUCAGGCGGUGGUGGAACCUCGGUUCGUGAGCAAAGAAAUCAGAGACAUCCUGAAGCAGAAGCCGACCGUGCUGCCGCUCUGGGACCCGAUGGGUGCUCUGGCUUAAAGACGACGCUUUGCGGGA